AUGAUCACCAUGGUAAAAGUAGCCGAACAACAGAAGCAAGCAGCAACAACAACAACAACGAAUAUCAGCAAAAAAUCAAAAAUACGUUAUCUAUUGGUACGUGGUGAAAAUUAUGAAAAACAAACGGCCGAUCUAUUACAAUCAAUAUCAUUGUAUGCAAGACGUAAUGCUAAACUACGUGAUGCUGGUGAUAUUGUGGCAGAAAAAUUGAAUUCAAUUUCCAGUGCUGAAAUAUUGAAUCCAAGUUUGAAAAGAACUGUUUUUGAAUUAUCAAAAAUAUUUCGUUUAAUACAGGAUCAUCGUGAUUCAGAGAUUCUUUAUUUAGAGGAUAAAUUACUACCACUCAUUUCAGAAUAUGGUGAAACAUUACAAAAACAACGUGAAGAUCUUCGAUCAAAUACAAAUAAAAUGUUGGAUUCAAAUCGACGAUUAAAUUGGAUUCGUUUAUCAUCAUCAUCAUCAUCAUCAAACACUACCACAAUGAAUAAUCAGCCAACAGAAAUGUUGGCUAAACGUCGUAGUCAAAGUAUGGAACGUUUAGAUAGCAAUAAACAUUCAAUUGAUAGGACGGAAAAAUUUAUACAAAAAUCGAUUCAACAUUAUGAAAUGAAAAAGAAUAUCAUAUUCAAGAAAUUAUUGCUAAAAUUUCUACUUACCGAACUUCGAUUCACGAUGAAAUCUUUCAAUAAUUUGACUUAUAUUUAUAAACACAUACUGGAUGGAAUGAAUCCAUCGAAUGAUUUGAAAUAUUUUAAUGAAUUUUUUCGUUUUAACAUGAGUAAAAAAAUAACCAGAUCAAACAAUCUAGCUAAUCUAGGCUAG